AUGGCCACGAGCACAUUGACUACCACUUCCACUGAAAGCAAUGGCGUUACAGCACAGCCUGGAUACCCACGCGAACCUCUAAAGCUAAAGGGUGCUCUAGAUGCAUACAAGUCUUUCGAAGUCACACCGGUCAUCGGUCGCGAGUUCGUCGAUGUGAAUCUGAAAGAAUGGUUGCGCGCGCCAAAUUCUGACGAUCUGAUACGCGACCUUGCGAUCACAAUCUCUCAGCGCGGUGUUGUCUACUUUCGCAAACAGGACGACUUGACCGAUGAGCUUCAGAAAGAGCUGGCACAACGCCUUGGCGAGCUCUCCGGUAAACCAGAAACAUCCAAGUUGCAUAUUCAUCCUGUCAGAAACGCCGGAAACCGUCUUGGAGGCAACGACAAUGAGAUUAGCGUCAUCAGCUCAGACCUGGCGAAGCAGCUCUUCAAGGAGAGGUCACAGAGUGGCAAAAGUGGCUGGCACAGCGACAUCACUUUUGAGCCAGUACCAAGCGACUAUGCGAUCUUGAGGAUGACUCAGUUACCAAAAUCUGGAGGGGAUACUCUUUGGGCCUCGGGGUACGACCUUUACGAUCGCCUAUCGAAACCAUACCAGAAGUUCUUCGAAUCCCUCACAGCAACAUAUGCACAACUAGAUUUCAACCGCGCGGCCAAGGAAAACAACUUCCCCGUUUAUACCGCUGCGCGAGGUGCGCCGGAAAACACUGGCGACUCUCUGACCGCUGUCCACCCCUGCGUCCGUACGAACCCAGUCACAGGAUGGAAAUCCCUCUACAGCGUUGGUCACCACGUCCAACGUAUCAAUGAAUUGAGCGCAGAAGAAUCAAAGCGCACUACAGAUUGGUUCUUGCAGCUCAUCACUGAGAACCACGACCUGCAGAUCAGACAUAGAUGGCAGAACCCAAACGACGUGGCUAUCUGGGAUAACAGGAGCGUGCUGCACACAGCGACGUAUGAUACCGAUGGCCAAGGACCGAGGAAGGGGUUUAGGGUCGUCAGCUUGGGUGAGCGACCGUAUUUGGAUCCGCAAAGUACGAGUAGGUUGGAAGCGUUAAGGCUGGCGGAAGAACAGUAG